AUGGCUGUCAACAUCCCAGGAGUGAUAGCAAUGGUGUUCUUCUACCUGCUGGUUCUAGGAACCGGCAUCUGGGCUUCUUUCAAGUCCAAAAGGGAACAGAAGAAAAGUGCAGCCACAGGAAUGGACAUGGCCCUGCUUGGAAACCGCAGAAUAAGCUGGGUGGUGGGAAUCUUCACAAUGACAGCUACAUGGGUUGGAGGAGGCUUCAUCAAUGGCACAGCUGAGAUGAUGUGCACACCCUCUAUGGGACUGACCUGGACAAUAUUGAUAAUUGCGGGAUACAGUUCAGCUUUUGUAAUCGGUGGCUUGAUCUUUGCCAAACCAAUGAGAGAAAGAAACUAUGUCACAAUGAUGGACCCUUUUCGUAUCAAGUAUGGAAAAGUACUGACAGCUGUACUGUGCCUGGCUUCAUUUAUCAUUGAUGUGGUUUGGAUCUCCUCAACACUGAUUGGUUUGGGUGGAAUCAUGAGUAUGGUCUUGGAUAUUUCCUACUCUAUUUGCAUCUGGAUCUCUGCUGUGAUUGCCAUCAUCUACACACUGCUGGGAGGUCUCUACUCUGUGGCUUACACAGAUAUCAUACAGCUUGUCCUCAUAUUCCUCGGCUUGUGUAUCUGUGUCCCUUUUGUUUUGAUGAACCCUUUUACCUUAGACAUAAGCCAGACGCUAAUGAACAACACUUUACACGCUCCUUGGAUUGGUGCACCAAAGCUAGAGAAGAUCUGGAUUAUGAUUGAUAACUUCUUGUUCUUGGCACUUGGUAGUCAGGGAUAUCAGUGCUUUCACCAGAGAACCCUGUCAGCCUCUUCCCCGACUACAGCGAAGAUCACAUGCUUCAUUGCUGCUUUUGUCGUACUUGUAUUUGGAAUUCCUUCAAUACUGAUUGGGGCAGCUGCUGCAUCUACAGACUGGAACCUAACUACCUACGGUUCUCCAUCUCCAUAUGAUCGUGGGGAGGCAGCAAUAGUUUUGCCCAUCGUCCUCCAACAUCUCACCCCUCCAUUCGUCUCCAUCAUUGGUACUGGAUGUAUUGCUGCUGCGGUGAUGUCAUCGGCUGACUCUGCUUUGCUUUCUUCAGCUUCAGUCUUCAGCUCCAACAUAUACAAGAACAUCUUCAGGCCUCAGGCGACAGACAGAGAGAUUCAGUGGGUAAUCCAUGCUGCAGUGGUCGUUGUCGGCGUGGUUGGUACAUCACUCACCAACCUGAAAAACAGCAUCCUAGUGUUCUGGUUCCUUGGUGCUGAAGUGGCCUACGUGAUAAUCUUUCCUCAACUCCUCUGCAUCCUCUUUUUCAAGAUCUCCAAUGGUUAUGGGGCUGUUAUGGGUCUUCUGAUAGGAUUGGUCUUCAGACUGCUCAGUGGAGAUCCAGGGCUAGGAUUAACACCAGUCAUACACUUCCCAGGAUGCACUCUUGAGGAUGGUGUUUAUGUCCAGUACGCUCCAGUUAAGACUAUCUCUAUGCUGUGUGCAGUUGCUUCCACCUUGAUUUUCUCCUACUUUGCUUUUGUGCUAUUCAACAGAGGCUGGCUUCCUGAAAAGUGGGAUGUUUUUAAAGUGAAAGCCAAGCACUCAUUACAACCACAGACACCAAUAAGUGCCACAGGACAUAAUGAGAGUGAGAAAUUUUGUACAAACGAUGUUCAGACCGAGGCAAAGACGCCAAUGAUUGACACAAGUUGUUAACUGUAUUGCAUGAACUGUGUUGAAAUAAGGACCAAUUGGUUACUGGUUAUUAGGGAUGUAACAAUGCACUUAACCCACAGUUCGAUUAGAAUCCCCAAUUUUGGUUCACGAUACGAUUCACUCACGAUUCUCUAAUGAUUUUCAGGAAAACUGGAUUGAACUCAAAAUUUAAAUAAUUGUUAUUUUAUUUAAAUUCUCAGAUAUGGAUAGUUGCAAUUGUAACAUUGUUGGUGUGUAGGUGGAGAGCUAGCUGUUCCAGAUAGCUAGUUAGCUCAGAGACUCGACAGACGAAUGAAUGGAGAUUUCCCACAUUAACUUUAUUUACUGUACUAAACACUGACCAUACAAUGCCAGGUCUCAAUGGCGCUAUGUUCCACAAUCAUACAUGAGAAUAAGAACAUCUGCAUAACCUACACCAACUAGUUACUGAAGGGACAGACAGAGUCCUCUCUCAGUCUGAAUGUAAGACAAAAACUGCCUUCUCAGAGGGUAACCACUUCUCUGAAUAUAACAAAGACACAGAAAGGUGGCAUCACCUUGUGGCGCUACCAGGCAUUACAACAAUUAAAUUCUGACUGUUGCA